AUGGGUCGUAUGUUGUCAAAAGUAAUGAAAAAAUUAUCGGCUGAUGGUCCAAAAAGAAUAUUAAUGCUCGGACUAGAUAAUGCAGGAAAAACUACUAUUUUAUAUCGAAUGAAGAAAACUGAUGAUUUUCACACAGUACCUACAAUUGGAUUUAAUGUUGAAACAAUUUCACCUGUUCGAAAUAUCACAUUGACUGUCUGGGAUGUUGGUGGACAAGAUCAUCUGAGAACAUUAUGGCAUCAUUAUUUUGAAAAUGUUGAUGGACUAGUAUUUGUUAUCGAUUCUACAGACAAAAGACGUUUACAUCUAGCUAAAGCAGAAUUAGAAGGAAUCUAUCAACAUGAUCUAAUUAAAAAUGCCCCAUUAGUUGUGAUAGCGAAUAAACAAGAUCACGAUGAUGCACUUAAACCAUCUGAAAUUGCCGAAAAAUUAAAUUUACUAUCUUGGCCAGAGAACUCUUAUUAUAUUAUACCGGCUUGUGCGCUAACAGGUGACGGUCUGACAGAUGCAUUUACAACGUUAGCAGAAAUGAUUCGUAGUCGAAAAAAACAUCGUUAUAACCUUUAA